AUGGCCUACUACCAGCAGGACCCGUCGUCCUCUUGGCCAGCCCCCGGCCGACAGGCAUCGUGGGAGCAGCCGCAGCCACCGUCGCGCUCAGGAGCAAGCUCGACAGUCAAUCGCGACGAAUUCAGUGCUUUUGCUUUCGCCUCCCAGUUUGAGGACGUCGAGCGGGCCAUCGAGAACCUGGCGAAGAGCGGCGCGGGCAAGGGCUUCGGCUUCCCACAGUAUGCAGGCCGGCGCGACUCCAUGCCCGUUGUGGGCGGAGGUCCGCGCCCACAAUACCAACAAGACUUCGUAGACUCGCGCAUGAGCGGACCGCAGCGUCACCACUCCGUGAGCGAGUACGAUGGAUCGCGCUCCCACUCGGCGUCGAACGUUCAGGGCUACUACCAGAACCAGCGCAACUACGGUCCUCGACCCAACGAUGCCGACCAGAUGGCGCAGGCCAAGCGUCGCAUGGCAGCCCAGCGUGAGCGCGAGCUACGCAAUUACCACCAAGAACAGCAGUACCAUAGAAAUGUUUCUGGGUCCAAAUCCGACCGCUCGAUGAGUCCCAAUGCGAAUACGAUGAGUGAAGAGGAGCGCCGCGAGCUCAUUGCCCGCCAGCACCGAGCAUUGUACGGCGAGUCGUCCCAAUUGUACAAUAACAACCCCACGUCGAGCCAGGAUGUCCGCGUUUCUGGAGCCGGUCGCGGGCCCUCGCCUCUCGCAUUUGAUCCGUUUGGCAUGCAAGCUUCCGGCGCUACUGGAGAAGCCCCAGUUCAGAUGCCAACACGAGGCGACAAGGAUGCUGCUGGCGGUGCGCAGGAGGCCCGUGCUAACAGCAACUCGUCUCCUGGCUCGGGCCAAAACCCAGCCUUUGCCCUCUUCGACAAUGCUCAGCAGGCUAGCCGCACCUCUAACUCGUCCCCUGGCGGAUCGCCUCCCCGGCAAGGCUCCAAAGUGAACGGCUCUGGGGUCGCACCCAUCGGCACGCGUCCCAUCACCAACCAAGGCCAACCCGCUGGUUCUUCUCUCAGCAAGGGCCGGACUACGCCUCUUCCGUCGCCCCUUAGCUACAACUCUUACAAUGCGAGCGAACAGAAUGCCAAUGCCAAUGCUACCACGUCUGCGUCUUUGAAUCCAUCCUCUACGGUCACGGAUAACAAAAGCGUCGGUAUGGGCUGGAACAAGGGCCCUUGGGGCAGCACCUCCAACCAAGGCGUGCAAGCCUCUUCUUCACCACGACCAACCUCCCCCGUCAACAACGCGGCUGGCUCCACCACCGCGCGGCCUUCGUCUCCCAAGCCCCCGGGCGGCCCUGCAACCGUGAUGAGGAGGAAGGCGGCUGCGGACCGUGCGGAGAAAUCGGCGAACCAGAGACCUAGCAGCACGAGGGCGGCUGGCGCAGGAGGAAGCUCCAGCACUAUGCUGAGGCUCUACACCGACGAGUCGCCCGGGCUCAAGGUCGACCCUGUUGUGGUCAUGACCCUGUCUGUUGUGUUCAUCUUCUCCGUUGUCGCUCUCCAUGUCAUCGCCAAGGUCAUGCGCAGGUUCUCCGCAUAA